AUGUCUCCUGGCAGUAGAAACGAAAAUCUCUUUUUCAUCCCUAGGCAAAGCCAGUUGCCAGACUCCCCACCGGAUUCUGGAUCGGAACCAUGUUCUCCGCCACAGCUCCAGACAACUGUUAACGACUGUGCUGCUGAAGUGCAAGAAUAUGACAGUGAUGGACAGAAUGCAGCUCUGGAAAAAUGCUGUCAAGCUCUAACAUGGCAACCAUAUCAAACUUCUCAGUGGAACAGCUUAUUUAACUCUAAUUAUGAAAAACUACCUGCUGUUGGAUAUCACAUUGUCACAGAUAAAGGAUUUAAUUUUUCAGUAACAGAUGAUGCCUUUGUGUGCCAAAAGAAGAAUCAUUUCCAAAUCACAGUCCAUAUUAGAAUCACUGGACAUCCAAAAUAUGUCAGAACUCAGCUCGGGGGGAAACCAAUAGAAAAGUUUUGCUUGAAAGCUUUUGGAAUAAAGGUGGAAGCUCCAAAUCAAACAAUUGCUAUUGAACAGUCUCAGUCAGAUCGAAGCAAAAAAACUUUCCAUCCUGUUAUAGUUGAUCUGCCAGGGGACCAGACAACUAAAGUAACACUGGGAAGGCUGCAUUUCAGUGAAACAACAGCAAAUAAUAUGAGAAAAAAGGGAAAACCUAAUCCUGACCAGAGAUACUUCAUGCUGGUAGUUGGACUGUAUGCUGUCUCUCAGGACCAAUUCUACCUCCUAUCUGCAAGCAUCUCUGAAAAGAUCAUUGUGAGGGCAUCUAACCCAGGGCAGUUUGAGAAUGACAGUGAUGUACUGUGGCAGCGAGGACAUGUUCCAGAGACAAUAAUCUAUCAUGGUCGAGUAGGAAUUAACACAGAUGCGCCAGAUGAAGCACUGGUUGUCUGUGGAAAUGCAAAAGUUAUGGGCAGAGUCAUGCAUCCAUCUGACAGCCGAGCAAAGCAGAAUAUCCGGGAGGUCGACACAAAUGAGCAGUUGAGAAGAAUAACACAAAUGAGGCUGGUGGAGUAUGACUACAAGCCUGAAUUUGCAUCUGUUAUGGGAAUAAAAAACACCCAUGAAACAGGAAUAAUAGCUCAGGAAGUGAAGGAGCUUUUACCUCAAGCUGUUAGAGAAGUUGGAGAUGUUGCUUGUAAUGAUGGAGAAAAAAUAGAAAACUUCCUCAUGGUUGACAAGGAUCAGAUCUUUAUGGAGAAUGUUGGUGCUGUAAAGCAGCUUUGUAAACUAACCAACAAUCUUGAAGUCAGAAUAGAAGAAUUGGAACAGUGGAAUAGGAAACUGGCCAGGCUGAAACGAAUGAACAGUUUAAAGUCAACUUUCAGUGAAGAGAGCAAAGUCAGGUGUAGUCGAGCUACCAGUCUUUUGCCAUCAAAAAAAUCAGUCCCACUAAAAUCCAGCAAGGUUUGUUUGUCAAAGACAAAAGGGUCUUGCUCCAUGAAGGUUUUCCGGGUGACAGUAAUAGCUUUGAUUGCUAUUAUGGCACUAUGCACUACAAGUUCUGUUCUACUCUCUCACUCUACUACCACAGCAGAAUUUCAUGGGGAAAGCACAAUUUCUCAGAGCACUCAACCUGUCAGUGGGAUCCCUGAAGUGAAUUUCUGCGACAUUUUGCCUUGUGACAAGGUCUACUGUUGUCCAAUUCAUCAACCAAAAGUCAGAUCUCCAACUUACGAGGAAACCAAUGUAAAGACGAAACGGAUUGAUACAACAGUCAGUUCCAUACGGAUUUUGGAAACUCAGCAAAGCAUUGACAACAGCUAUUGUAGUAAAAAUCUACAGUGCAGCAAAACCAGCAGGACGAAUUUCCUAGAAACCACACAGGGACGUCAGCAUAUUUGGACUCUCCCUGUAGCUAAAUUGUAUGACAGCGCCUACUAUUUCCGUGUAGCUGUACCG